AUGGAAAGUACUAAAAAAAAGACAGCCUCAAAACGUUCACAAUCACCAGUUGAUGUAGCAGAAAAAGAAAAAGUAGUCGAAGAAGAAGUUCAAACUGUCGCACCAACCAAAACAAAGAAGGGUAAAGCAACUACUACAACAAAAAAAAGUAAAUCAAAAGAAGUUGUUGUUUCAACCCCAGUUUCAAAUACAGUUUCGUUAUCAUCAGCUGAUGAUAUGGCCACAGAAUCAGAAAUUGAACCAUCACAAACCACCACAACUACCACUACAACUACCACAUCAAAUGGCACUACAACAUCAACAUCAAUCCCAACCACCCCAAUCUCCAAAUAUAUUCCAUCAUUAUCAAACAUGGGUACACCACUAUCACCAAAUAGAAAUGCUUUACGUUUAAAAGAAAAGGAUGAAUUAAACAACAUUAAGAGUAAACUUCAAUUAUGUCUUAAGAAAUUAGAAAGUACUGAAAAUGAACUUGAAAAAAAGAAUAAAGAACUCGAUGAUAUGGAACAUGAACAUAGCCUUGCAAUCGGUAAUUUAAAGAAUCGUAACGAACAUGUCGAAAAACAACUCAUUGAAGAAAUUAAAACAAAAUCCGAAUUAAUGUCCAGCCGUGAUGCUCUCGAAAGUGAACUUAAAACCAAAGAAGCCUCAUGGAAGAAAGAUCAAGAUGAAUAUGUUACCAAGCUCACCGAGACCAUUAAUAAACUCAAUCAAGAACAUUCCACUAUUGUUUCACAACUAAAAACUGAUAUCGCUGCCAGAGAAUAUGAAAGUGACACUCUUAAAACUGAGGUUAACCGUUUAAAGGAAGAUCUUCAAUAUCGUAUGCGUGAAUCCGAAGAUAAAUCAAGAAAGCUUUUGGAAAAUGAAUAUAAGAGAAUGAAAGAAAAAGAAGAAGAGUUUAAUCAAGUUUUACUUAUUAAAGAUGAAGAAAUUAAAAAAUUAAAAGUAGAAGUAAAAGAAAAAGAUAAAUUACAUAGUGCCAGCAGUAAAAAAGAAAAUGAAUUAAAACAUUUAAUUGAAGCCCAUGAAAGACAAAUCGAAGAUAUAAGAGAUAGCAUUAAUAGAGAAUGGGAGGUUAGAGCAGUACAAAUGGUUGAAGAGCAUAAUGCAAGAACCUUUGAGUUACAACAAUCUGUUGAAUCAUUUGAAGAGGAAAAACAAAGAUAUAAAGGGCAAAUUUCAUUAUAUGGUGCUCAAAUUGAUGAAUUAAAUAUUAAAAAUAAUGAAUUCGAAGAUAAAGUUAAAGAAUUAAAUGAUCUUAUUGCACAAAAAGAUAGUUCUAUUGGUGUAUUAAAUAAUGAAUUAGAAGAGUCUAAGAAGAGAUAUAGAAAACAAGCUGCUGAUUUGAAAAAUAAAGAUAGUCAAAUUUCAUUACUUCAAGUUGAAAUGAAUGGUAGAGAAAGCAAAUGUGCUACUUUACAAGCUGAAAUCAGUAGACUUAAAUCCGAAAUUUUCAGUAUUACUUCACAAACCGAACCAGAUAUCCCACUUACCAGAGAAAUCGAAGAAAUUAAAACCCUUGUUGGUGUUUUCGAAAAGAAUGUUAACGAACGUAAGAGAAAGAGAAAUAAAGUUGAUGAUAACAAUGCCGCCAAUGUUAAUCAAACAACCGCCGACCCAAAUAUUUCAACUGAUAUUCCCUCAAGCGCCGCUCAAGUUGAUCCAGAAGAAUUAGAAAAAUUCAAUCCAAACACUGUCACUUUCGCCGUUGUCGACACCAACCAAGAGUUCAUCAGACUUUCAGUCCAUGGUGAUUAUGAUAAUGGUUUGUCACUCAGCAAAUGGAGAUUAAUCGUCGCUAAACCAGAUGGUUCUAAAGCUGGUUUCUCUUUCCCAGAGGGUAUCCAACCUUUCAGAGGUAUUAAAUCUGUUACAGUAUGGACUGGACGUCCAAGACCAGGUGAUUCUACAACAACCGAAAAUGAAUUCUAUUGGUCAAGACAAGGUUUAUGGAGCCAACCAGUUGAAGGUACCAUUGUUAAAUUAGUUUCACCAUCUGAAGAAACCACAACUGUUACUAUUCCAGAAACUGGUAUUUAUGAAAAGGUCCAAGAAGAAAAAUCAAAAUCAUGUUUAAUUAUGUAA